CUCUCUCGCUUCCGGUUUUUGUCGUACUUAUAUUUAUACUGACUUCGCAUCAAGUCAUUAGAGUCGAGCCAAGCUGAUUAGAACAUAGAACACGCGACGUUUUAACGUUAAACAUAAUCAAACGGUAUACGGAUUAUGUGUUUUAGCUUUAAUUCUCUCGACCAAUCUUGACGCAGUCGCGUGAGUUAACAGGAUCAGUCAGACAGGUGCGCACGCGAUCUGUCGCGAUCUCCUUUGCAUCGACGUCGUUGAGGAUCCAAUUAGGCCGUCUCAUCUCGCCGGGGAGUCGAUGCUAGACGAGGAAACGCAGCAUGGAAAGCGCGGAGCAACCGAGUAACGAGCAGAAACCGAAAGACAGGUUAGUUGGUCUGCUGGAUCACAUCGAGGCUCAUGUAGAGCAACUGCGAAAGGAUGCCGCCAGGCUCAUGGAAGAAAAAGACGGUCUGCUGACGACUUUGGACACCCUCAGAAAUAAUGAUUUGCUCUUCACCCUCGAGGAACCUGAUAGAGAUGAUAUUUUGAGGUAUGCGGAUAGAUUGUCCAUGCGCUGUUCCACUGUAGAUGUUUUAGUCACAGUCCAACGAGAUCAUGUUCAACAGGAAGCAUUACAUCAGGUUAAUGGCCUGAUUGACAGCUUGGUCGUAGGCUUACGGCAAGACCCAAAUGGCACUCGACAGCGAUGUGCAGAAUUUAUGAAUGCUUGCUCUUCCCAUAGUAUAGGACAUUCCGAUAAGAUCUUCGAGACCGCUAUUCUUGGAUGCACGUUAGACGAUCAAAAGCGAGUCAAGAAAAGAUUGCAGGGAUUGCUUGAUUAUAUCGAUAAGAUGCACAUCUUAGAGAUGACACAGUAAAUAACACCAAGAGGUUCCU